GUAUAGUUAAAAAGGAACGUCGCCCUGCUGAGUUCUGUCCUGUCCUGUCCUCUCAGUGCAUAAACCUCACUCUCUAGUGGCUGAUCCGCAUCACUACACCCAGAUCUCGUCUGGCAAUUAGCUGGGAGUUCCCAACUUGUUUAUCAAUGAUCAGCUCACUACCUUUAACUCUUCACUUUCGAGAUCAUAACCCACUUUCACCUCACACCCUAAGCGGAACAAUCAUGAUCCUCCCCCACCAAUCCUUGACCUCUCUCCCAGUUCAGAAGUGGAAUUCCUAUAAUGGAUGGGAAAUGGUGAUUUCAAACAUGUACAAUAUGUUUUCUGGGUUCAGAAAACAAAUGUACACUUAGUGAUUGCCAGCAGCUCAGUCUUAAUUUAUUAGAUUUAAUCUUUUUCCUUAAAUUCGAGUUUUGCAGGUAGUGCUGGCGGCCUUACUAAGGGAAGCAUGUCACUUCGCAGGAAAGAGUGCAGAAAAGAUACACAAUCAAGUUACUGGAGGAUUAUAAAGAAUAACUAGGUAGUCUGGAGCUUGUUUUCCUGGAGCAUAGGAACUGAGCAGUGACCUUAUUUGGAUUUAUACAGUCAUAAGGGGCAUUGAUAAGGUGACUAGUCACAAUCUUUUUCCGGGGCAGGGAAGUCUAAAACUAGAGGGCAUAGGUUUAAGUUGAGGGGACAGAUUCCAAAAGGAUGUGAGGAGCAAUGUUUCCACAGAGAGUGUGGUACAUAUGUACAUGGGACAAGCUGUCAGGGGAAAGCUGGCAGAGGCAGGUAUAAGUGCAACAUUUAAGAGAGAUUUAGACAGGUAAAUGGAUAGGAACAAUUUAGAUAUUGGCCAAAUGUGGGGAAAUGAGACUAGCUAAAGUAGACAACUUGAUCAGUGAGUUGGGACAAAGGGCUUGUUUCCAUGUUGUAUAACUCAAAUUUUGCCUGAUCUCCUGGAUAUUUCCUGUAUUUUGUGCAUUUAUUGUGAUGUUGGUGUGAAUUUAUGAAGGUGAUUGAGAUGUUAACGAGCAAGGCAAACUCCCCUGGCCAAUCCAUGAUCCUGUGCCCAUUCCUCUGCGCUAAUUGAGACUUGGGCGAAAAUGACAGCUCCUAACAUUGGCGGUUGUCCCUCACCAAUCUGCAUUUUUUGCCUUUGUCAGUCUCCCAUUUCAAUGAACUUCAGUCCUACAUUGCUCCUGUAACCCUGCCUUUAUUUUCCUAAUAUAGUAGUUUCUAAGUUUUGACAAUCUAAAUACAAGAAGAAUAAUGAUUGGGUACAAGACAACAACUUUAAAUGAAAAUUAAAACCUAUAUAUUCAGGGUUAUUUGAUCAUAGAGCUCAAAAUGGAUCCUUCUACCCAUCAUAUCAAUGCUAACCAUCAUGUACCCCUCUAUACUCAUUCUCAUGUACCAGCACCUAGUACAAUAGCCUUCUACACUUGGAUGAUUCAAAUGCGCAUUUAAAUAUUCCUUUAAUGCUGUCAUGGUACCUGUCCUUGCUAGUACUCAAGAAGAAACUGCUUAAUCACGUGGCUCCAAUGUCUUGUAUGUCCUCUGUCAUAAUUACACUAUCCAUACCCCCCUUUUACAUUAUGCAGUAGUCUUAUUCACAAUGGUACUUAAUAGAUAUGAUUUAAUUUUUUGAUUUAAUUGACAGAGCGAACAUUAAGUUCACAUCAUAUUAUAAUGUUCCAUGUAAUCGAAAAUAAAGCUAAAAUACUUUCUGUAAUUGAAGUAUAUUUUAAGAAUUGCUAUUUGACACAUGAGGAAGACUUUGAUUGAGGGGUUUUCCUGUGGUAUUUUAGGAAAUAAAAAGUUGUAAGAUAAUAAUCUGAAUUUGAGUCUAUUCAAACAUCUAACAUACAGUGCAUGUAAUGAAAAGUAACUAGGAAUACUUAACCAGUUUGCCCUUUUGAACAUUUUGGAUGUGUAAUCCUUUAUUAAGGAGCUAAAUUUAACAGAUGAUCUGCUGGCAAAAGUUUAAGAAACACAAAAGAACACGAGUGAAAUCAAGAGGGCGAGAAGAGGAUUUGAGGUUGCUCUCGCAGACAAAAUGAAAAAGAAUCCCAAAGGAUACUGUAGCUAUAUUAAAAGCAAAAGUUUAGCAAGGGACAAAAUUCAUCCCCUUGUUGUCAUCUUUGCACAGAGCCAAAGGAGAUGGGGAAGAUCUCAAAUGAUUUUUUUUUUGCAUCUGCAUUUACUUGGGACACAGACACAGAAAUUAUAGAACUGCAGCAAAACAAUCAUAAGGUCAUGGACCCUAUCCUGAUUAUGGGAGAGAAGGUUCUCACUGUUGUGUGAUGAAUUAAAGUGGAUAAAUGCCCAGGAACUGACAAGGUGUCCUCUUGGAUCUUGUGGGAGGCCAGUGCAGAAAUGGCAGACAUAUUUAAAAUGUCCUUAGCCACAGGUGAGGUGCUGAAGAACUGGAGGAUAGCUAGAGCUGUUCUGUUGUUCAAGAAAGGUUCUAAGAAUAAGUUGUCACAGGACAAUGAGCUUGACAUCAGUCAUGGGUAAAUUAUUUGAAGAUAUUCUAAGAGACAGGCUACAUAUGUAUUUGGAUAGACAGGAUCUGAUUAGGGAUUUAUGCUUGAUUGAUCAUGUCUAAUCUUGAGGAGGUGAUCAAGAAGAUUGAGAAAGGGAAGGCAAGGGAUAUUGUUGACCUAGAUUUUAGCAAGCUUCUUUGACAAAACCCUGUAUGGGGGACUAAUUCUGAAGGUUAUGUCACUUGGCAUUCAGGAUGAGAUGGCCAGUGGGAUCCAACACUGACUUAGUGGGAGAAGCCUGAGAGUGGUAUGAGAGGACUGUCUUUCUGACUGGAGGUCUGUGAGUAGUGGUGUGCUGGUGGGAUUGCUGCUGGGUGUGAAGUUGUUUGUCAUCUCUAUUAAUGAUUUAGAAGAUAAUAGGCAAACCGGAUCAGUAAAUUUGCAGUCAAUGCCAAUACUGGGGGCAUAGUAGACAGUGAGGAAAGCUAUCAAGCUUUGCUGUGUGAUUUGGGUCAGUUGAAAAAUGGGCUGAAAAAUGGCAAAUGGAAUUUCAUGCAAAAAAGUAUGCAGUGCUGCACUUUUGGAGGACAACCAGCAUAGAACUUAGUGAAUGAUAAGGCUCAGAAAUAUGCUGUAGGAUGAGGCGACUUGAGAAUACAAACCCUUAAUUCCUUUAAAGUAGUAUCACAGGUAGAUAGGGUCAUAAAGAGAGCUUCUGGCACAUUGGCCUUCAUUAAUCAGAGCAUUGAGUACAGAAAUUAGGAUAUGUUGAUGUUCUACAAGAUGUUGGUGAGGCUGAAGUUAGAGUAUGCAGAAUUUGUGUAUAGUUCUGCCAUCUGCUCACAGGAAAAAUAUCAACAGGCUUGAAGGAGUACAGAGAAAAUUUACAAGGUUGUUCUCCCAGAACUUGAGAACUGAGUUAUCAUCAAAGGUUCAGUAGGUUAGGACUUUAUUCCAUGUAGUGCAGGAGAAUGAGAGGAAGUCACUUACAGGUAUACAAAAUUAUGUGUGGUAUAGAUUGGGGGAAUUAAUGCAGGCUUUCCCUCUAGACUGGAUGCUACUACAACUAGAGAUCAAAGGUUUAGGGUGAAAGGUGAAAUAUUUCAGAGGAAUCUAAGGAAAAACAUCUUCACUCAGAGGAUGGUGUGAGGGUGGAACAAACUGCCAGCGGAAUUGGCAGAUGCGGGUUCAAUUGUAACAUUUAAGAGAAAUUUGGAUAGCUACAUGGACAGGAGGGACUUGGAGACAUACAGUCCUGGUGAAGGUAGAUGGGAUGAAGGUCAGUGUCUGAAGGGCCUGAUCUAUUCUGUUUCUGUGCUGCAGUACUCUAUGCUCUAAUCCUUUCUGGGAGCAGACCCAAAAAUUUCUGAUGCUUAGCAUUAAAAUCUCUUUUGCAAAUAGUUCACUUGUUACUUUUACAUGGAGAACACAGUGAGAGUUGAUGCUUUACCAAAAAGAGGUCACAAUGUUAAACCAUAAUCCACAAAUAAAGAAGGUUCAUUUGCCAACUGUUCAAUUUUACCAUAAAGCACCGAAUUUGGCCGCAAUUCCAAUAAGGGUAUGUGAAACCUUUCCUUAAUGGCCACAAUACCUUUAAUGUUAGUCAAAAGAUGUUACACUACAAAAUAAAAGAAAUAUGAUUAUAAUGCUGAUAGUUAGUGAGUUCAUCCACAUCAUAGUUAAUAUUUCAAUAUUUAAUUCCUAUUGUUUUAAUAGAUAUCCAUAGAUCAGCAGAGCCCCAGUGGCUAAAAAGCAGACUCCUGUUGAGUAUAGGGCAAGUGGGGCUAUUCUGUGAAAUUAUUGCUCAUGCAUCCUUUCAAAUGGCAAUUUUUAAUGUUGAGAAGUAAUUUUUCUUGUCUAAGUCUGAGAAAUGAUCCACAGUGUGAGAAAUGGCCCUCCUCAAAGAGCCUACAGUCUUUGAAGGUUCAUUCAGUUGGCAUCAAGUGCAAACUUGAGGUAACCUGGUAACUGGAGUCACAAAUGUGAUUUAUUUGUUCUUUGCACUGCAAUGCAAAUUUCAAUGAGUAACACACACAAAUUGCUGGAGGAACUCAGCAGGACAGGCAGCAUCUAUGGAAGAGAGUAAACGUUUUGGGCUGAAACCCUUGAUUAGGACUCCGCCUGAAAUGUUAACCGUUUACUCUUUUCUAUAGAUACCACCUGGCCAGCUGAGUUCCACCAGCAUUUUGCGUGUGUUGCUUUGGAUUUCCAGCAUCUACAGAUUUUCUCAUGUUUGUGAUAACUGGAAUCCGGGCUGGGGUUGCUUCUUAGUGUGAAAGUUCCAUUGUGAACGCGCAAUAUUAAUUUAAAAAUAAAACAAAGCAGCCCACCAUCUGCAGCCUGUCAGCUUUGAUAUCACACCUACCUUUUAUGAUUUGCACAGAGAACUUACAGGACACAUCUUACAUCAUUUGAGAACAGCAAGGAGUUUCAAUCUUACGGAAAAUAUCCUCUAUAAUGGGGAUGACAAUGAAGCAGGCAAGGCCUGUUGUUUUAUUGCUCUUCACCCAGAGGGGAAAAUGCCUUUUUUUUUAAUCGCAGGUGAGAUUGCUCUGAUAUGGAGAGGGGAAAAUGCUGCCCAGGUUUUCUGUGUUUUGGAUGUGGACUUGGACUGUGGACUUUUUUUUUAGUCUUACGGAUUUUUUUGUAAUCUGUGUUUUUACGCCUGAUUUUCCCAUUUUUUUGCCUGUGGGGGUAUUUUUGGGAUUGUUGUGCCUGUUUUGUUUGUUUUUUUUGGGGGGGUUGAUGAUUGUGCUGCCUUUCUUUUCUUUCUUGGUUUUGUGGCUUUUUGGAGAAGAAGAAUUUCAGAGCUGUGUACUUUGAUAAUAAAUGAAUCUUAGAACCUUUGUUUUAUCCAGAAACCAGUAAAUUCCUAACUUCCAUAAACGAAGGCACGCAAAUAUUUAAAUAGGUAUUAUUAAGAAUUAGAGAAUUUCCUAAAUGCGCCUUUAUUGCAAGGAUAUUAAUACGCCGGCUUGGAAAUUUAAGGAGCGUCAAACAAUUUGUUGGAAGAGCUCACUGGGUCGAGGAGCGUCUGUGGGAGGAGGGGAAUGAAGGCAUUAUUAACAUUUCGGAAAGAAAACUUGCAUUGGGAUCGACGACAAUCCUCACAUAUGCUGCUCGACAUGCAGAGUUCCUCCAGCAAACUGUCCUUCCAGAUUCCAGAUUCCAGCUUCCGCACUCUCCCGCGUCUCUUAGGAAAAAUAAAGGCUGUGGUGAGGGUGGUUUGGAAAAUGGGAAAAGAAAACACGAUUGUAAACGUUCUUGGGUCUGCGUUCCGACACUCUCUCUGCUCGAGUGGAUUCCAAGUCAACGUGCACAACUCGUACCGCAAGUGCAGCCACAGUCCCUGCUUCCUCCUCUGGGCGCACUGGCUCCGCCCGCAGGUGACGCGCCGCCAGGUGCUGCGCCCAGGUGAAUGGGCUGACUGCGACCUUUCCCCCGCCAUUACCUGUGGGAGGACGGCAGGCAGGUGAAACGCUAUGGCGUUCCUGCAGGCGGGCUUGGGUCGCUGUGUCUGCGCCUUUUGGCUGGCGAUUGCCUUUGACGCGGUAGGGUUGACCGUGCUGCUCAUCGGCGUGUUCUGUAACAUUUUCUUCUACGACUUCCUGAUCUACGCCGGUUCCAUCGUGAUCUUCAUGAGCCUGAUCUGGUGGAUCUUCUGGUACACGGGCAACAUCGAGGUGCCGCUUGAAGAGCUGGAAGACGACGUGGGUCUCAAGAAGGAGGCUAAGUUGACAGGGUUCUUCAGGAGUGUCUCCAUGAGAGUCUCGCGAAGUUUGAGGAGCAAGGGGGGCAGGAUGCCGCCCAGCAAUGUGACCAACAGGACCAGCGAGGCGGUCAGCUCGAUGGAUUCCAGGAAGAAAGCGAGUCCGGCUAAUCCCUGCGCGAUUGAUACGCCUCUGAAGACUCUCUCUGCUUCUGUCAGCUCCGAGGUGAAUGUCAGCCCGUUGGACAAAGCGACAGACACUGGAAACCUAACCAUCUGAACCGGAACCCAUUACCAGCAUGAAAAGAAGAAUUUCAGAAGUCUGAAUGUUGGCUGUCAGUUUACAUUUGUUCAAUAUUGCUAUAUAUCUUUAGGAAGGGGAUUUAGCUUUUCUGACAUUAUACACUAUAUUACUUGCUAUUGUUGCUGUUUCUUUUCUAGAGAAUGAAAACUACUGAUCAAUGAAUGUUAAUUGUAGAUCAUUUCGCUGAUCUGAAUUGACUGUUUUAAUUGGUGCUUUAAUACAUAUGGUGCAUUUAUAUGUAUUCACUUUGCGGAAUUUUGCAGGUUAAAAUAUAAUUAUCAUUUUUGCUGUUAUGUUAUUAUAAAUUAUCACAUUGUCUUGCAUGCCAUCAUGUAGGAUUUGAUGAGAGUGCCAGAAAGAAGCUUUCUCCAAAAAACUAUGGCAAGAGUAUCCUCUCUUCCAGAGUCAAUUAGCAACAGAUAUCAGUUCAAGGAGACCCCUGAGAUAUAUCAGAUGAAAAUGUAAUCAAUUUGACUCAGCAAACAAUCACAUUAAAGACUUCUCACAAGCAGCAUAUCAGGAAGCAAAAAUCACAAGGGUAUGUGGCUGCAUGCAACAGAAAUGCUCCUGUGUACAUAGUCUUUGUGGCUGAACAGGCAAAAUUUUCUUUUAUAUGAUGUUUUAUUAAAGUGCCACACAGUUUUAAGGCUGUGUAAAAAUUCCCUGCUCUGAGCAAUGGUUUAUCCAAGUAGCUGUAGAAGAAAUUAGAGGAAACAUUGAUUUAAAGUUUAUUUUAGUAUAAUAUACCAGGAACUAAAUACAGAUUAAAACACAGAAUUAUGAUUUAGAUAGAAAUGCAAACAGAAUCAGAAUCAGGUUUAUUAUCACCAGCUUGUGAUGUGAAAUUCGUUAACUUAGCAGCAGCAGUUCAAUGCAAUACAUAAUCUAGCAGAUAAAAAAUAAUAAUAAAUAAACAAGUAAAUCAAUUAUGUAUAUUGAAUAGAUUUUUAAAAAGUGCAAAAACAAAUACUGUAUAUUAAAAAAAAAGUGAGGUAGUGUCCAAGGGUUCAAUGUCCAUUUUGGAAUUAGAUGGCAGAGGGGAAUACACUACAAUUCAACUUUUCUAAACUAUGUUUAUUUUUUUUAUUUAAAGUACCUUAUAUUUUGAAAUACUUACGGUAUACGGUACAUAUGUAAAAGUAGUUGAUUAGGUUCAGAGUGUUCACUAAGUACAAAAUUUUCACCGUGCUUGGAAAGCAUAAUUGCCUUUGAAUUCAUUAAAUCCACAUCAAUGUAAGUGAUUUUUGAUUAGACAAGAGUACUGGAGCACCAGCAUCAUCCUUGGGAUUUGUACAAUAAACCAUUCACAAUUAUAUUUCAAAUCUAAUGUGUGUUGUAUGGAAUAUUGCUGAUGAAUGCUGGUGUUUUGAUAUUAUUACUACCUCAUAACCCAGGUUAUCAUAAUUUAAAGUCAUCAGAAUUUUCAUCUUGUAAUAUAUCAUAACUAUUCAUUUAUGUGUGUCUCAUAAAUAUUCUAAUGGAAAUUAAUACUUCCAUAAUCACUGCAUUGUUAAUUUAAAAGAAAUGAAGAAGCUACUAAAUUAAUUAUAAUUAGAGCUUUAGAUUACACUGCUUUAUGUUCUAUAACUUGUUAAAGAUAAAACAUUUAUUACAAUUAUGACUUCAGUUUCAUGGUUUAUCUUUAAAGUGAGAAGAAGUUGUCCCUGCUAAUAUAACUAUAGUGCUUAGAUUUCUGUUGGCUGACUGUAUGCCCUUUUCUGAGCAUUUUAUUCAUCAUUGUUAACACCUUUUGCUUUAUGCAUAUUUUAAAAUGAUAAGUUCAAAUCUUGUAGACUCUUAAAUAUACUGUAAAUACCAAAGGUAGAAUGUGUCCAUCAUUGAAAGGAAGUUACAAUUAAAAUUUCAUCUGCUAAUUUUUUUAAUA